AUGAGUAGAAAAUAUUUUGUAGCUGCAAAUUGGAAAUGUAAUGGAACUCAAAAGAGUAUAAAAGCAUUAAUAGAAAAUUUUAACAAAUUGAAUUUUGACCCAAAUAAAAUAGAUGUGGUUAUAUUUCCUGUAUCUGUUCAUUAUGAAUAUACUAGAAAAUUGUUAGAUAAAAAAUUUUCCAUGGGUAUACAAAAUACAUCAAAGUAUGGUAAUGGGUCAUACACAGGUGAAAUAAGUGCAGAAAUAGCAAAAGAUAUGAAUGUAGAGUAUGUAAUAAUUGGACAUUUUGAAAGAAGAAAAUAUUUUUUUGAAAAAGAUGAGGAUGUUAGAGAAAAGUUACAACAAUGUUUAAAAAAUAAUUUAAAAGCAGUUGUAUGUUUUGGUGAAUCACUAGAAGAAAGAGAACAAAACAAAACUAUUGAUGUAAUAAAAACACAAGUAAAAGCUUUUAUAGAUUUAAUUCAAAAUUUUGAUAAUGUAAUAUUAGCAUAUGAGCCAUUAUGGGCUAUAGGAACAGGAAAAACAGCAACACCUGAACAAGCUCAGAAUGUUCAUAAGGAAAUUAGAAAUAUUGUAAAAGAAAACUGUGGAGAAAAGCAAUCAAAACAGAUAAGAAUUUUAUAUGGAGGAAGUGUAAAUACAGAAAAUUGUGCUUCCUUAAUUAAACAAGAAGAUAUAGAUGGAUUCUUAGUAGGUAAUGCUUCCUUAAAAGAUACGUUUGUUGAUAUUAUUAAAAGUGCCUUAUAA